AUGGACAAGGAAGGGGUGGCGCGGUCCGGGGCGCACCGCUACGCCGACGGCUCCCGGUACGCGGGCGGCUGGAACGACCGCGGCCUCAAGCACGGGCCGGGGCGCCUCGCCCUGCCCGACGGCACGCGCUACGACGGCGGCUUCAAGGACGGCAUGUGCUCCGGCAUCGGCGUCAUGAUCUUCCCGGACGGCGCCAAGUACGAGGGCGAGCUGAUGCAGGGCUGGUUCCACGGCCACGGCGUCUUCUGGAGGGCCGACGGCAUGAAGUUCGAAGGGGAGUUCCGGGGCGGCCGCAUCUGGGGCCUGGGCCUGGUGACCUACCCCGACAACAGCCACGGCUUCCCCCGCAACGAGGGCUUCUUCCAGGACUGCCGCAUGGUGCGGCGCAAGGGCUGCCCCGAGGUGGUGCAGCGCGCCCAGAAGGUGGCGCUGCUAUCACGCCGCCAGAAGGACCAGCUGCAGUCUUCCCGCGGCGCGUAGGUCGCAGCCUGCAGCAGACACUCCUCACAUGAAGCCUCAAGCCACUGUGCCUGCCUGCACCCGCAAGUGGCUGCAUCCUCGUCCUCGGAGCCAAUCUUUUUGUCAAUGCCCUGAAGCGUAGCGCAUUUUCAUCAAGACAAUUACCUUCUCUGCAUCUCAUCAAGAGCAUCUCUCUCUGGACAUAAAACCAUACUUUUUUUUUCGGGUGAGCGCGUGUAUGUUUGUGUGUAAGAACAUGUAUGUCGAACAUGACAAAUUGGUUCGAUCCGCGCCAAAAAUAAACACUCAAGCCUCGUU